GUUGCGUCAGUCAACAUCGCUCUUUUUUUAUCUCCCCCUCCCCCGCCGUCCGACUUUUCUCCCCUUUUCUACUCUCUUCGUAUACACACCACUGCAAUCACUUUAUCCCUUUGUCUUCUUACUUAAAACACAUCCAAACAAUGGCUGCCCCCAAGGUUGGAAUCAACGGCUUCGGUCGUAUUGGCCGUAUUGUCUUCCGUAACGCCAUCGCCCACGGUGACGUUGAUGUUGUUGCUGUCAACGACCCCUUCAUUGAGACUCACUAUGCUGCCUACAUGCUCAAGUAUGACAGCACCCACGGUCGCUUCCAGGGUACCAUUGAGACCUACGAGGAGGGCCUCAUCGUCAACGGCAAGAAGAUCCGCUUCUUCGCCGAGCGUGACCCCGCUGCCAUCCCCUGGGGUCAGGCUGGCGCUGCCUACAUCGUCGAGUCCACUGGUGUUUUCACCACCACCGAGAAGGCUUCCGCUCACUUGAAGGGUGGUGCCAAGAAGGUCAUCAUCUCCGCUCCUUCUGCUGAUGCCCCCAUGUUCGUUAUGGGUGUCAACAACAAGGAAUACAAGUCCGACAUCAACGUCCUCUCUAACGCUUCUUGCACCACCAACUGCCUUGCUCCCCUUGCCAAGGUUAUCAACGACAACUUCGGUAUCGUUGAGGGUCUCAUGACCACUGUCCACUCCUACACUGCCACCCAGAAGGUUGUCGAUGCUCCCUCCUCCAAGGACUGGCGUGGUGGCCGUACUGCCGCUCAGAACAUCAUCCCCAGCUCCACUGGUGCUGCCAAGGCUGUCGGCAAGGUCAUUCCUGCUCUUAACGGCAAGCUCACUGGUAUGGCCAUGCGUGUGCCCACCGCCAACGUCUCCGUUGUCGACCUCACCUGCCGUACCGAGAAGGCCGUCUCCUACGAGGACAUCAAGAAGACCAUCAAGGCUGCUUCCGAGUCCGGUGACCUCAAGGGCAUCCUCGGCUACACCGAGGACGACAUUGUCUCCUCUGACCUUUGCGGAGAUGCCCACUCCUCUAUCUUCGAUGCCAAGGCUGGUAUCGCCCUCAACGACCACUUCAUCAAGCUUGUCUCCUGGUACGACAACGAGUGGGGCUACUCCCGCCGUGUUGUUGACCUCAUUGCCUACAUCUCCAAGGUCGAUAGCCAGUAGGAAUCAGGACGGAGACCAGAAACUAGAAGUGUUCUAUAGACAAAACAUUCUAGUCCCCUGACUGUUCCACGUUCCCGGAUUAUCAGGUCACCACCCCGAGAAAUUGGCCUGUGGGAUAACAAAGUGCCCUGUUGACCGGGGAUCUACAUAUCGCAUAAAAAGCAUAUGAUAACGUACUUAUUUAAUGAAAUGAUUUGACGUUCAUACUGGAUACAAGUCGGACCUGACCAGUCCUUUUCACUAGAUCUAAAAUACUAGCGUAUUUAUUGGGAGUAGGCUCAAUUACAGGUGGUUUAGAUUAGUUCCAGAAUAUAUACACAGAGGUAGUAUGCUCGUGGCUAGCCUGGUUGGCUGAUGGGUCUCGGCGAAGUACGGGAAAUUCUCGGACGGGUGCAAGUGAUUGUUGGAAAUUGUCAAUGCGGGAGAUAGACAAUUGAAAAACUUCUCACUUACGUCCGUUCACUAUCUUGAUUCUAAUCUCCAGUUCGAUUCAUCUCCGUUAGCCAUACGAACCGAUAUCAAGCCUAAUAGUGGUGAGGUUUCCUGCCGUUAGGUGCAAGUGGCCUGUUUGGUGUCUAUGACCAGCUGUA